AUGGGUUGUGCAGCAAAACACAAGGGUUUGCUGCAAGAAAUCUCCCACAUCCUGCUGUCAGAUGUUGUAUCCACCUUUAUCACCAGCAAUAACACCCAGAACCUCAGCUCCCCAGUCACCUUUGUCUUCCAACAUUCAGUGAUCCCUGGGCCAAGGGAGAAGAUAUGCUGUGUUUUCUGGGAGUGUGGCCAGAAUGGAAUUGGUCAUUGGGCCGCCAAAGGCUGCAGGAUGGCCAGCACCAGAGACAACAGCACCAUCUUCCAAUGCACCCACCUCAGCAGCUUUGCUGUCCUCAUGCCCCAAUACGAUGUGCAGCAUCAUUACCCCAGAGCAGGAAAGGGUGACUGUGAUGUCCUCUCUGAUGUGUCCCAGGAGAAGGAUCCCACACUGACUGUGAUCACCUACGUGGGGCUGAGCCUCUCUCUGCUGUGCCUCCUCCUGGCAGCCCUCACCUUCCUGCUGUGCAAAGCCAUCCAGAACACCAGCACUUUGCUCCACCUGCAGCUCUCACUCUGCCUCUUCCUGGCCCACCUGCUCUUCCUAAUAGCCAUCAACAGAACCGAGAUCAAGGUGCUAUGUGCCAUCAUUGCAGGUGCCUUGCACUAUCUCUACCUGGCCUCCUUCACCUGGAUGCUGCUGGAGGGCCUGCACCUCUUCCUCACUGCACACAACCUGACAGUGGUCAACUACUCCAGUGUCAACAAGUUCAUGAAGAAACUUACAUUCCCAGUGGGCUACGGAGUCCCGGCUGUGAUUGUGGUCAUUUCUGCAGCAUCCAGGCCCCAUCUUUAUGGAACACCCACCCGGGUAAGAUGCUGGCUCCACACAGACAAAGGAUUUAUAUGGACCUUUCUUGGCCCUGUCUGCACCAUCUUCUCUAUUAAUUUCCUGAUAACCUUCUGGAUUGUGAAAAACAAGCUCUCAACACUGAUGAUGUCCACUCUCUGGAUCACUAGGAUGAUGACAUUUAAAGCCACAGCUCAGCUCUUCCUCUUGGGAUGCACAUGGUGUCUGGGAAUCCUGCAGGUGGGACCGGCUGCCCACAUCAUGGCCUACCUCUUCACCAUCAUCAACAGCCUGCUGGGUGUCUUCAUCUUCCUGGUGUACUGCCUCCUAAGCCAUCAGGUCAAAGAGCAGUACAGGACAUGGUUCAAAAGGAUGAAGAAAACCAAAGCCGAGUCUGAGGAGUACACAUUCUCCAGCAAGACCUUGUCGGAUCCCUCUAAACACAGUGUGCCUGUGGCUUUCACCCUCAUGGUCACAGGAUGGCUCCUCUAG